AUGCUGCGUACUCCAAACAGGCGACAACAAGUCCCUAGAAAAUUCACCAACAGGUACCAAUCUCUCCAAUAUUCCUCGAAGUGCUGUUGGUGUGACGCCGAGAGGACCUCUUCGGCCGCGACGAACCCGUCCGAACAGGCACCGACCAAUCGGGGACUUGGAUUAAAUGCUCAAAGUGAAGAAACCCCAAAGAAAGAAGACAGUUUCGAAGCUGAAUUAUGUAAAGACAAAGAUGCCGGAGAAUGGUUCAGAUUGGUAGCCGGUGAAGGCGACAACUGCCGUGAUGUCAUCCAAUGUACCUCAUCUGGUCUCCAAGCUAUCCGUUGCCCAGCCGGUUUGUACUUUGACAUUGAAAAGCAAACUUGCGAUUGGAAAGAUUCUGUCAAGAACUGCAAAUUGAAGAACAAGGAAAGAAAAGUAAAGCCUUUGUUGGUGACCGAUGAGCCUUUGUGUCAAGAUGGUUUGUUGGCUUGCGGUGAUGGUAGCUGUAUCGAAAGAGGUCUUUUCUGUAACGGUGACAAAGAUUGUGCCGAUGGUUCUGACGAAAACUCUUGUGAUAUCGACAAUGAUCCUAACCGCGCUCCUCCAUGCGACCCCGCUGUCUGUAAUCUUCCCGACUGCUUCUGCUCCGAGGACGGAACCACCAUUCCCGGAGAUCUUCCAGCUAAAGAUGUUCCUCAAAUGAUCACUAUCACUUUCGACGAUGCCAUCAACAACAACAACAUUGAAUUGUACAAGGAAAUUUUCAACGGAAAGCGUAGAAAUCCAAACGGUUGCGACAUUAAGGCCACCUUCUUUGUUUCCCACAAGUACACCAACUAUUCCGCCGUACAGGAAAUGCACCGUAAAGGUCAUGAAAUUGCUGUCCACUCCAUUAGUCACAACAAUGAUGAGCAAUUUUGGUCUAACGCCACCGUAAACGAUUGGGUUAAGGAAAUGGGUGGUCAAAGAAUCAUAACAGAAAAAUUCGCUAACAUCACCGACAACAGUGUAGUAGGUGUCCGUGCUCCAUACCUCCGUGUAGGUGGCAACAACCAAUUUACCAUGAUGGAAGAGGAAGCUUUCCUUUACGACUCCACCAUCACCGCACCUAUAAGCAAUCCUCCACUAUGGCCUUAUACCAUGUACUUCCGUAUGCCACACAGAUGCCACGGAAACUUGCAAAGCUGCCCAACCAGAUCCCACGCCGUAUGGGAAAUGGUACUCAACGAAUUGGAUCGUCGUGAAGACCCAGAAAACGACGAAUACCUUGCUGGAUGUGCCAUGGUUGACUCUUGCUCCAACAUCCUUACUGGAGAUCAGUUCUACAACUUCUUAAACCACAACUUUGACCGUCAUUACAAUGAAAACAGAGCUCCUCUUGGUCUUUACUUCCACGCCGCUUGGUUGAAGAACAACCCCGAAUUCUUGGAAGCUUUCUUAUACUGGAUAGAUGAAGUCCUUGCCAACCGUAACGAUGUCUACUUCGUUACCAUGACCCAAGUCAUUCAGUGGAUCCAGAAUCCAAGAACCGUCUCCGAAUCCAAGAACUUUGAGCCAUGGAGGGAGAAGUGCGUCGUUGAAGGAAACCCCCACUGCUGGGUGCCACAUUCCUGCAAACUUACCUCCAAGGAAGUUCCCGGGGAAACCAUAAAUCUCCAAACUUGUGUAAGAUGCCCCAACCACUACCCAUGGAUUAACGACCCCACCGGGGACGGAUUCUUCUAAGUCACAAAAAUUUAGUUUAAUUUAUAAGGGACUGUAAAACGUGUCAUCAAGGCCUAACGUUUCCAUUUUUUAUUCUUCUUCUAGUUUCUAAAGUAAAAAUGGCUAGUGAACUAAUAAUAAAAUGGUAAGCUGAUGAUCGGGUCAAGUGAUUUUACAUUGCAUAUUGUAUUUAUUAUUUUCAAUGACUGUAUGAGUGAUUUAUUUUUGUUGUUUUUUUUGUAAUAAAGGUAUUUUAAAUACGACUAUUAGACUGUUAAUAUCCUACGUAUUUGCCGGAAUGUGACUUUCACAACAUUAUGUAACAUAUAGAUACAACUCCUAAUAGGUUUAUGUAAAAUUUAUAAUAAUGUAAAAAUUUAAAUAAAAAAUAGAAAAAAUUGAAA